AUGAGAACUGCACUGAGUGUAGUGGUGAUUGUUGCGGCGGUAGUUCAGCAAGCAAGUGGAACGUUAUUUUGGGGCACAAAUAAAUACUUCCCGAGCCCAUCGAACUGUGACAACAAAUGCUCAGACAACCAGAAGUCCGGAUUCGACUGGACGGGCCUUGGACUUGGAUCUUUCUCUUCAUUCGGUGACUUUGACUUCUCGGGAUUCACGUGCGGUGAGCGAAAGCCACCUCAGAGUAACUUCCAGAGCAAAUGCAUUGAAGGCAAACUGUUAAGGGGCCUCACAGAUGGCAGCCCGGAAAUCUCCCACCGGAAGUCCAACGGUUUCUCAAUCACUUCGUUCCAGAUCACAGUCGAUGAGGACACAGACAUCGGCUUCGUGUAUACCAUGCCGGAUGGCUCGACCUGCAAACAUACCACCCUCUGUUCAAAGGGUGGCUCUGAGGUGCCGAACACACAAUGCGGAGGCGCAGUGUCGGUCAAAUUCAGCCUCCCUAAGUACAGCGAGCUGGAUGAUUGUGGUUUCGCAAUUCACAAAAUCACCUUCGACUGCGGACCCCCGGAAAUCCCCAGCAAGCCCGUAGUGACUCCCACAGACGAAAUUUCGUCGUACCCAGUUAGUUCCCCGCCAGCCUCUGAGUCGGAAAGCCAGUCAUAUCCUAUGUCUUUGACCCCGACUUCCCAGCUUUCGGAAUCAAAUAUUGUAACUAUACCUUCCGAAUCGUAUCCUACGGGAACUCCGCCACAAACGCCUUCAGAAACGUAUCCUCCGGGAACGACUCCGGGAACGCCAUCUGAAACAUACCCUCCAGGAGCUACCCCGGGAAAACCCUCAGAGCCAUAUCCCUCGGGCACUCCUCCGGCAAGUCAAUCUGAAACAUACUCUCCGGGAGUUACUCCAGGGAACCCGUCAGAAUCAUAUCCUCCGGGAAGUACUCCGGGAACUCCUUCAGAAACGACACCUCCGGGGACGAGCCCUUCAGAAGUCUCACCUUCGAGAAGCACUCCCUCAGAAGCGAAUUCGCCUGGAACUGCUCCUCCUGUCGUCACUCCUCCGGGAACAACCCCAACUCCAACAGAGGUUGUAUCUUACUCCACCUCAACAUUUUUUACCACAUCCAUGCUUGUUGUUACUAGCUGUGCUCCAGAAGUCAGUUCAUGUCCUACCGAUUCUACUGAAGUUAUCACUACAACAAUCGCUAUCUCAACCACACUCCCAAUAACUAUCACGCCAACUUCGCCCGAUCCAGUCAUUACAGGCUCAUUCCCUACUAGCUUAACCCCAGCAUAUCCAACUCCUACGAGCCCUGCAGAUUCAACUAGUCCUCCUAUCGGCGAAUCAACGGCAACACCACCUGCUUCCAAUGGGUCAGCAGUCACGCAAACCCCUCCGUCAGACUCGGCUAUCACGGAAAUUACAUAUACCACCAUUACUACUUGCCCAGUCACAGAAACCAUCACCUCUGGUACCGCCGAAAUAACAAUUACUUCUAAUACAGUUUCUACUAUUACAGUGACCACCACCGGUACCGUGUGUCCGGGAUGUCCAGUUCCUACACACCUGGGCCAACCCGAUACUUCCUAUCCAGCUGGUUCACAGCCGCCACCUCCGAUCACAUACUCAGCUCCAUCAGGAGCAGUAACACCUCGCCCUUCGUCAGCAGCCCCAGUUACAGAUUCACCUAGCCCUUCAACUCCUGCUCUGCCACCAGCUAUUCCCAUCGAAGCUCCAUGCCCCAAAGUCGUCCCACAGUGUCUAAACACCUGGCUCAACUUGGUUCCAAAGUGUAGCUCGAACAGUGAUAUUAGCUGUUUCUGUCCUUCCUCCGAAUUCACAUCCGCGGUAAUCGCAUGUAUCCAGUCCUGGGGUGCUUCUGACGAUGAAAUCCAAUCCGCUCUCUCCUAUUUCACUGGCAUCUGCGCUGCAGACGUCCCGAAAAACCCUGGGAUCAUCACCGCGAUCCCGUCAACAAUUACUCUAACCCCACCACCUGCUCCAACACCCCCCGCAGCUCAAACCGGCGGCCCAGCUAUCGUUACCCCUCCACCCCAGCCCCCAUGCACCACAAUUACCGUCUCUCAAGUGAUAACAGUCUCCGGAUCGGAGCCUACCACCCGCACCACCAUAGUCACUGUCCCACAGGUACAAUUCGUCACGGAAACUGUAUCUGGUGCAACCACUGGUGUCAAUGUCGGGCUUGUUCCAGGCACCACGGCACUCCCUGCAGAGGUUCCGACAUACGGCCCAUCCUCAUACCCGACAGCCAACCAGCCUUCAACCCUCGCCACUCUUCCGGUCUCGCCAACCGGCAGUGAAACUCUCAAUCCUUACACCGGAACUGGAGAUGCUUUCUCCUUGUCCAUUCCCUCUACCCUGUGGAUCCUUUCUGCCGUCACCAUUGCUAUGUGCGUUUUGCAGUAG